UGUGCCUGUCAGCAGUCCGAACAGCACCAGAAGUGGCCAUCCCGUCGCUUCGCUUGCCCGUCGCCGUCGUCCUAGCGAAAGGAUAGCGUGUCUGGGACCGUAUCGCACACCGCACCGGAGCUUCAGCCCUACGAAACAGCUAAAUGGCGAAGGGGGCGAAGAAGAAAACCAAGUGGGUCUCGUUGUCGCUGGACGGUGCCAACACAACGACCUCCUCGGGCGGACCCGGGUCCGACAGCGAGCAGCAUCACCACCACGGUUCGCGUAACAAAUCCUAUCACCAUGGGAACACCAGCACACUCAAGCACGGCAGCAAAGAGUCACCGCUCAGCGGCGGUGGUGAUGGAGCGGUGAGCCUGCCGGGCAGUCUAAACACCGCCACGGCCACGGAACAGGAACAGAGUGGCCACCGGACUGAUACCAGCGGUGACUCGGCUAACGGGUCCGGCUCGGAACGACGCCAGUCGGCGCCCUAUCAUAAGCGAAGACCCCAAUCGUACUACUCGGACCGGCGCAGCUGGAACUACAGUAGCUUCAGCAACGGUGGCCGAAACCACUACGGUUACUACGGAGCAGCGAACCGCAGAUCGUACUACGACAGCCAUGGCAGAAGGGCAGCACCGCAGCACGCUGGCCGGCCCGAGGACGAUGGCACGGCCAGCAAAACGACCACCGCCAACGAAGGUGGAGGAACCAAUACGAUAAACGAUGAUGAGUACACGAGAAUCACCACUCCGCGGCAGGAUGUCCUGUUCAAGAAGGGGUACCUUUCGCGACCGAAACCGACGACGGGGACGACGACGGCCAGCACGUCGAACGAGAACACGGCGUCCAGUUCGAUCGCCGGGACGACCGGCAGCAGCAGCAGCGAGGGCAGCGAUGGUGGAAACGGUGGAGGCAGCAACAGCAUUUCCACGACCGAGUCCAUCACGUCCGACUACGGUGGGUCGUUCGCGGCCGCCGACUCCUACCCGAUCCCGUGCCUACCGUACGGGUACUUCACCGAAAACGGUGUACUUGUGAUGAACGGUUUUGCUGUCGACAACAAUGGAUACUCAUACUUCAACGGUGGCCAGACGUACAUCUAUCCUCCGAACUUCAGCAACUGCCCGCAGCAACAGCAAUCGGUGGUAGCGGAUGCCGAAGUGCCCGGUGUGAUCUACACCGACGAUGGAACGAUCGUGGCGGAACCGAUCGAUGGAUUGGCGAUAGCCUCUUGUUCAGAUGGCUCAGAAGUCCCAGGAUCAGUAAUACCCAGGGAGGACGCGACUCCCGCAAUGAAUUCAGUGGAGGCUCCCGAUUCGGAGACGGCAGUUCCGGAUGGGUUCAUGGUGCCAGUUUGUACCGAUCCGGUCGCUCCUGCAGACGGCGGUACACUAACGGGGACACCGGGCGACGAAGCGUUGGAACUGGAGGAAGGAUGCUAUCAGUUCGGUGAUACGACCUACGAUAUGGCACAGUUCUGUAGCUCGCUCUACUACCAGCCACCGUGGUUCAUGGGCCACUACGGAAUGUACGACGAUGGAACGCCAACGGCCGCCCCGGAAUACCUGCUGCCCAACGGAGAGGUUUACACGCAUCAAACGGGGUUCAGGAAGCGCAAGAAACGUUUCCGUAACAUCGACGAGGUAAGAACAUCCGGCUGGGAUCCUGGACGAAAGCGGUACCUGCAUCGGUACCGGCGAUGUGCCGGCACCGCCCUUGGUGAGUUUGAAUCUAAAUUUGAACCUGAAAUAGAAACUAACCUCAGCAACCUUGGCACUUCCUUCCCACAGUACGGCAACGCCACGUUUGAAUGUAACUUAGUUCCUACCGAGCAGCCGUAUCAGCUGAACGCCGACGUACAAGAGUUUCUUCCGACCGUUCCAAUGCCAGCUCCCGAUCCGAUCCCGACCCCGGUCACGCCGGUCGAGGCGGAACAAACCCUACCGCGAUCAGCUCGAAAGGACACUGCUCAAAAGUCAUCCAAAAACGCUUCCACCGUGGCCAAGCAAAGCAAGACGGCCGCCAAGAGUCACGCUAUUCUGAGUGAAACCAAUUCGGCAACCGUUUCGGCCGUCUCCGUUCGUGCGGAAAAUCGAGCAUCAGCCGCCGCACAAAAGAACCGCAAAAAGGAUCUGAUCGAAUCAACGCGAGCGUUCGCCGAACAGAACAUCGAUCUCACGCGCCCAAAACUGGCGACUGGCAGUGGGGGAGGGGCGACAAAUGAUAGUGAAACUUUCUGGACCACCGUCCGGAAGGGUGGCAAAAAACGAGUGGAGCAGAGUUCACCGGAACCGCGCGUAACGGACGUGAACCAUCGCAAAAGUCCUGCGCUUGAGCAGAGCGUCACGAAGCAAUCGUCGCCGGUUGCGACGGUUGCGUUGGUUCCGGUUGACGUCCCUCCGGUGGCAGCACCGCCACCACCACCGGUGGCUACCGAGUCGGUAGCCAGAACCGCGAAGAGUAAGAAAAAGACACAGAAGCACAAAAGACAGCACCGGAAACCGGGUGGCACCAGCGGUUACCAUCGGCAGCCGCUCGAAGGAUUCCAGUUGAUCGAACCGGAAUUUCCUUCCGCGACCGCGCCGAUGCACCGUGCGCGAGGUUGUAUCGAGAGUGAGCCAACGGACCACCGUGAUGAGGCGGAAGAUGAUGACGAACGCCACGAUGAUGAUCUGAUGACGGCGGGCGAGAACGAUGAUCCCGAAGUAAGCACCAAAUGGCCGGUGGUGGAAGUGGUGGCCGGCGACGAACUGAUAUGUGAUAUGACCGUGCAGGAGGAUGUUCCCCACGAACCGGAACCUGAGCCACUAGAACCGAUCGUGCACGAAAGACACCGUGAGUGCAGCGAGGCUCCGGUGGCCGCGAGCACCCUUCAUGAGACUGAGACUGAGCAGGAGCGUUCGACGGAACUCCUGGACAAUAUUGCAAUACCGGUGGUGGACGACGGGAAAGAUGGUCCAAGCACAGAAUCAACGGCUAAGGCCAUUGCAGGGGUGAUGCUUGAGCAACGGGAACAGGAACAGGAGGUCCUGCAGGAAAACAUCAACACGCCAACCGGCGACGGAGCGGUCGCGGAACCUUUGCUAACCAUUGCUGCCAAACAACCACGGUCACCAGCCACGAGCGACAAGGACGAGGACGACGAAGAGGAUGAUCGUGUGGAACGUCGGGAUCUGGCCGCGGGGAAACGGGACAGUGUGUCCGGUGGCUACACGGAAAGCAUCGACUCCGGUCUCCAGAGUCCGGCACCGUGCGGAUUGGCUUCACCGGAAGCAUCGUCCUUGGUGAGCUCGCUCGAAAGCGAACCACCAGGAACCACGGGGAGCCAGGAGCCACUGCGCACAGUGGAACCGCAGCAACCGUUGAGCCAGCUCGUUGGCCGAUGGCUCUCCCGUAAACUGGAGGUACACGAUCCGGACGAGGUGUUUGUGUUGCCGCACAGUAAUCCACUGUUGAUGGAGCGCCUGCAACGGUUCCAGCAGCUCCAGUGUGGCCGUAACCGUCUCACUUCCGAUGCGUACGAAUCGGAGGGGGUGGACGAUGAAGCGGACGAUGACGACGACGACGGAGAUCGGUCGCCGGAUACCGAUAGCGACUACAUGAGUGACGGCCAGGGACGGCUCGAUGCUGGGGAUGGAAGCACCGGCACCAGCAAUCCGAACUCUCCGACCAAUUUGCCGGUCUUCGCUGGCACCGAGCACGAGGAUAACGGUGGUCACAAACUCAAUCUCCACCUGAACUUGACCACUUCCGGUGUACUUAAUGGGGGCGCUGAUCGAACGAUCGAACCGGAAUGCCGAAAGGAAUCGAAGCGCUGCCUAAUCAUGUAGGCUCGCGGUACUGAGAAAUGCUUAAAUCCACACACCAUUGCCUUUUUCCACGCACACAACCACAUAUACGUACACACAUGAAAUUCCCGUCGCAUCGUAACGUUCUGAACCGCGUAGCGCGUGUUGGUGCAGCUUUUUGCUCUGCUUCACCGACCCACCGGAAACCGGAUCCGGACGGAAGGACCCAGGAUCGCUCCAUACGGAAGGUCCGUUCAAUGUUCAUCAUCAUCGUUAAUGUUAGUAGAACGCGCGGUCAGCUUCCCCGGCUUCGUCCCCGCUACGGUCCGUGAACCUCCGAGCAACACCACCGGUGGCCCGCCGCUGCCCAGCCGCGGACAGCCCUUCCCUUCCCUCAAGUAGCAGUAAGGGCGCCUCGCCUUUCGCUCCGCCGUGCUCCGGGAUGCACGCCGCCCGCAAGGUCGUUUGUAAAUGUUUCUUUUAUAAAGCGAUCGGACGAAACUGAGCGAAAAAAAAAUGUUUGAUAUAACCUCUAGUGCGUUACGUGGCCGUGGCCACGCGUUGAAGCCCGUGUUCCCGUUUGUCGGUUUUGUUUCCCGAUUUUUUUUUUGUUUUACUAUACUCGCAUUAGUGGAAAGUUUUAAAAUAAGAACCUGUCGACGACGACGAAGCCGCCGUCGCCGGAAGUGCACACCCCCACACAGCCUGUUGAAUCGAUGCAUAUUAAAGUGUAGAAUGAUAAUUUAAUUAUUGAACUCGCAAGGGGAAGGAAGAAAGCAGAGCGUGCAGAGCAAGAUAGAGAGAGAGAGAGAGACCUGGGAUUGAAAUUGACUACUAGAGCGUACAAUAAUAAAAUUAAUUAAACGAAGAGUUGCGGCACUGUUUGAGACAGUAGUGCGAACAGCGAGAAGAUGAGACAAAAAAGGAUGAAUUAAAUAAACGGAAAAUCCCCACCAACAGCAGCUCAAAAACUGUUGGGGCUCA